AACCAUGGAAAGGGUGAUAUCCAUUUCUCUACUUUGCAGUCUGUUAUUAGUCGAUGUUCUUGGACAAUACUAUCUACGAUUUGAUUAUGGUUUUCAUAGAGAUAGAGUGUACGGCUCCGGAGAAACAUUAAGGUGCAGAGGGUAUGAUAGAAAAUUCUACAGGCAAAACUCUACAGCAAAAAUUAUUAUCGGACAAAACCUUGUUAAUGGUACUCACAUAGAACUGUCAUCAUGUCCAAUGAUUAGGAAGACAAGGUGUUCUGCAAAACUCGUGAAUGGUGGAUGUGGACGAGUAAAUUUAACAUGUUCGAUUGUAAGAAAUGAAACCGAAGAAAGGAAAAUAACAAGAGAGGUCCUUAUAGCUGAUGAAGCAUCAAUUGAGUCUUUCUAUAUUCGCCAUAAAGGAGUGAAUAACGAAAAUGCCACACAGUUUUUUCCGUCAGAAAGUUUGAUAAAGGUGGUUUGCCGUGGUGAUGUUUCAACAUUUAAUUAUGAAGUUUUGGAGAACUUGACAUUGACCUGGGCCUGGGGUAACGGGUUUCUCAAAUUUCAAGAUCCGCCUUCAGUUCAAACAACAAGAAUUUUCGAUGAACACUGUAAAGUAAGCCAAACAGUGACGUCCUUCCUAUCUUUGAAAGGGGAGCAGUUAGACACAGUAAUAAGUUGCGAAACAGCGUAUUCACAUAGAUAUUUUUCGGGACGAAGAAUGCAGCGGAAAUCUAUAAGAAUAAAAACAAUACCAGAGGUAGGACAAAUCCUGGGUCCUGUGGUUGUUAUAACAGAUGAGUUGGAGGAUAGAUCACUCCUCUCUUUGACAUGUAAGACAACUGAUUUAUACAACUCAACGGGUGUCGAGGAUAUCAAAUGGUGCAUCAUAAAAGAAAAUAACACACAAUUUAUCCCUCUUCCUCUUCAACAAGAUCCACUUCUUGAAAGCUUUAACAUUUCAAAAGAGAAGACUUUGAAAAGUAGUGUUCUCUAUCAGUUUUUGAAAAGCGAUGAAAAUGUUGAAAUUACUUGUGAAGCUAACCACUCGAACACUUGCGGAUCAGGAACAUUAAGGGGCAAAGUUCGCUUAAAUUCUCAUUCAGUGGAAAAGACAAAUAAUUUUCUUCAAAAUAACAAGAACUUUGCAAAAGAUGAUACACGUGUCGUGUAUGUUGAUUCGGAUCAACCAUACACACUUAUCUAUGUCUCGGUAAGCCUGAUGAUUGCUAGCUUCAUAAUCCUGAUAACAGCAGUUGUUGCUUUUUGCAAAGCAAAGAAAAGAGUGAAAUAUAAAACCAGCAAAACAUCUUUGAAUGCUGCUGCUGCAAAUAAAGUUGACUUACGGAAACCAAAAGCAAAUGCAUUCACUUCGAACAGGAACAAACCAGUCUCAGACAUGCACCAGAAUCAAAUAUCGUCUGGAGAUCAAACCUAUUCAAAUGCUCUAGCUCAUUUAGAUGGAGCAACUAUCGAUGUUUAUGAAACAACUGAAGGUAGCGAGAAAGGGAAUAUGUAUGAACCUUUAGAAGUACAUGAUAUUGAACAACAUGUUUAUGAAGAAAAACUUAAAACUUCUGAUGUUUAUGAAGAGGUUUAAACAUGACGAAAACUUCAGAAUUCUGGAAGUAGAAGAUCGAGAAUCGGUUUAAUUGUUCUCGAAUAUACUUUAUUACAGCGAGCUCAAGUGACCAAUUAGUAGACGCUUUUCG